GCCAACACAUAUGAAAAGUAUUGGGAUUUUUAUCAGAAAUUCGGAGGCCAGAGCUUCCCCAAAGACCAUGUUAAAAAAGCUAUUGCUGAAAUUGAGGAGAUGUGCAAUAUUUUGAAAAGAGAAGGUGUAAUUGUGAAGAGGCCUGAUCCAAUUGACUGGUCCGUGAAGUAUAAAACACCUGAUUUUGAGUCUACAGGUAUGUAUGCUGCUAUGCCAAGAGACAUCCUGUUGGUAGUGGGAAAUGAAAUUAUUGAAGCUCCUAUGGCUUGGCGUGCUCGUUUCUUUGAGUACAGAGCAUAUAGACGAAUAAUCAAAGAUUAUUUCAAUUGUGGUGCUAAGUGGACAACUGCCCCUAAACCCACAAUGGCAGAUGACCUCUAUGAUCAGGACUAUCCAAUCCGCUCUGUUGAAGACAGACAUAAAUUGGCUGCUCAGGGAAAAUUUGUAACUACUGAAUUUGAGCCAUGCUUUGAUGCUGCUGACUUCAUUAGAGCUGGAAGAGAUAUCUUUGUACAAAGGAGCCAGGUUACAAAUUACAUGGGCAUUGAAUGGAUGAGGCGUCAUCUGGCACCAGACUAUAGGGUCCAUAUAAUUUCCUUUAAGGAUCCUAACCCUAUGCACAUUGAUGCAACUUUUAAUAUCAUUGGACCUGGUCUGGUGCUCUCUAACCCAGACCGGCCCUGCCAUCAGAUUGAGCUCUUCAAGAAAGCAGGCUGGACUGUGAUUCGCCCCCCAGUGCCACUCAUCCCAGAUGAUCACCCCCUGUGGAUGUCUUCUAAAUGGCUGUCCAUGAAUGUCCUAAUGCUGGAUGAGAAACGUGUGAUGGUGGAUGCCAACGAGACAUCAAUUCAGAAGAUGUUUGAAAACCUGGGCAUUUCUACAAUUAAAGUGAAUAUUCGCCAUGCCAAUUCAUUGGGAGGUGGUUUCCAUUGCUGGACAUGUGAUAUCCGCCGCCGUGGUACCCUGCAAUCUUAUUUUGACUAGUUACGAGGCAGAUAGGUAGCAAUGGUUCAGCUUCUAAAAUAAGUAUAGGAAAUUAACAAAUCAAUUUAACUUUUCUUAAAAUGACUGCAUGAGCUCUAGUGCUUGAUCAGCGGUGUCCUUACGGUGGUCUAGUAAAUGACUUAUUCUUACGUACUCCUUGCUUUCAGCAGUAUAAUUGAAACUACUUCCAUCAGCAGUG